CCUCGAGUCUGUCUGACGUGAACUAACUGGCCACUUUGAAAAGUUGUUGUUAACCGACGACUCUAUCCUAAGCAAAUACCACCGCGGCACUGUUUUUACACGCUUGUACACAUUCACAGGGCGAAAUGCAUAAUAGUUGUUGCGUGUGGAUUGUCGUGAUCGCUGCAGCGGUAUGCACGGACGCAGUGGUGGGCGCCGAUGACAAGAUGAACGGCAUUAAGAGCCAACAGGAACAACAGCAACAGCAGUCGGACAUGAUGCGGGCGAUGGCCAACGGCGGUAGUGGACGCCAAUCGGGCUUGCAGUCAGUGGCGGCGGCCGACGGUGGCUACUUCGCCGACCCGCUAGGCUAUCUGGCCAAGCGCGCGCACAACAAGCAGUACGGUUUCGGGCUGGGCAAGCGGCUGUACCGGCAGUACGAGUUCGGGCUGGGCAAACGGUCGGCGUCCAAGCAGUACGGCUUCGGACUGGGCAAACGGGCCGCCCUCAAGCAGUACGAGUUCGGGUUGGGCAAGCGGGCAUCGCCGACGUUCUACAGCUUUGGUCUGGGCCGGCGCGCGUUGCCGCAGUACAGCUUCGGACUCGGGAAAAGAGUGUCUCACCCGUCGUACUUGAGCGUGGACGACCGGGAAUCGGACUACACUUACAACGACUUGUCGGAGGAGAAGAAAAGGACGGCGGACGACAUGGGCCAAGGUCAGCGAUUCGCUUUCGGACUGGGCAAGCGGGGUGCGGAGUGGGACGACGACGGUAACACGGCACUCAUGUGGCACCCGGCAGUGAGGCGGGCUCGUCUUCAGUACGGCUUCGGUUUAGGCAAACGAUCCGAUGACUACGACGCGACGAGUAGCGAAUACCCGGAUCCGCAAUUGGAUGAUGGUGACAUCAAUUAAAAAAAAAAAAGAAAUACAAUAAGAAGAAAACCGAAAAAUAAAAUUUAAAAAUAAAAACAUAAUUCAAAAUUCGAGAAUUUCCCUUCUAAACAAUACAUAUACACACACGCAUCUGCACAAACACAACACAUACAAACGCACACAUAUGCAGUCACACACACACACACGCGCGCGCGCGCGCACUCAUAGACUAUAUGUAAGAGAAUAAAAGGUAACCAAAAAAUAUUACAUACAUAUUGCAGAAGUGUAUAAUAAUAAUAUUAAAUAAACAAGUAAUACAGUCCGAA